CGCGCGCAUGGUUUCCUCCAUCUCGAGUUUGCAGAGGACUGCACCGACCAUACUGAAAAUAGUAUAUAAUACCUAAGAAAUCGAUCCUACGGCAAAAAUGAAUGUGACCAUAGACUGAGCAAAUUCAGGAGAACACAUCACAAUGGAAUAAAGUUUCUCUGUAUACAGCCAAUGCUUGUUUGCCUGAGAACUUGUUAUCCUUGGAAAUAUGUUGCUGUUGGAAUCUGACAAUAUCCUAAACAAGGUCACCUUGUAGGUACCCAAGUAGUAACCCAGUGGUCACCUACCAGUAUUUGUCUAGACAACUAUGGUAGAAUUUGACAAAUAAAAAAUGGCUGCAUCUGAUGAGGAAGAGAGUGUCUCAAACAUUGACUUUUCUGUAAUCAGUACCUCUAUAGACCUUGGUCGACCAAUGCUUGAUCAGGUGAUCAAUGGCAUCCAUUAUGGCACCCCUGAAAUCAGAAAUCUCCUCCGUAACGAAUGUGAUCUGAUCAUGGAAUGCAAGAUCUGUAGAAAUUUUUUCCGUUCUUUUCCCAACUUUGUUGCCCACAAGAGAGUAUACUGCUUAGAAAUGAAUGCUGACAAAAUUUAUAGUGACCAACUUCCAACAGUGAUGGAUAAUUCAACGUCUUCUGAAACUCUCACUGUAGAACCUUUGGCUCCUGAGGAGACUUUACCUAUAGCUUCUCGAGAGAAGUCAACAUUGGAAAGAUUGGCUGAUGGAAGUUUUCAAGGUUCUUCAUCUGCAUUUAAACUGUACUCAAACAUUGCUGAGAAGAUUGAGAGACAGAAAGCUGAUGUUCAAAAAAGUGUAGUUACAAUGACUCCAAUAGCUACAAAUCCCAAUGCUGUGACUGUCUGUGUAAUCCAAACCAAGGACAAUGACAGCUGUGACAUUGAGAAGUCAGAUGAAGAAAAAGCAAGUGCAUCAACGCCAUCAAGUAUGUUAAGGAAUAUACUUGAGAAACCCUUACCAGUUCCAGGGGAUUCUCAGAACAAGAAUCGGACUACAGAGACUACAGAGGAGAAGACUGAAAACACAGCAACAACAGAAUACAGACCAAGGGACAGUAGCAGAAUAAGUGAGUCAAGAAAAUUGAUGGAGGACCUGCGUCCAGUUCAAAGCAAUCUGGGCAAUGUCAAUCGUUCUUUUCUUAGUGAACUCAGCAAAAAGGGGUUGUGUCACAUUAAAACACUGGACUGUUUAGUGUGCAAAAGGCACAUGAGCUCGAAGAAAACUCUUUGGAAUCAUAUGAAGUUUUUCCACAUGGGUGAAAAGACUGUUUAUCCUUGUAUUUUCUGUGAGAAAAAGUUUGGGCGCUUGUAUAACAUUUUAAAGCAUACAAAGUCAUGUCAUCAUAAGUCUGAUUCAGAUAUUGAAAAGCUGAGGAGUAAAAUCAAGUCCAUGAGUUAUAAGACUGAGGAUAAUAGCGAAGAGGAGACUACCCCAUCUAAUCCACAAAAGAUGGUUACCUUGGAUAGUAAACAAAGAACUCGGUCAAGUAAAAGAAUAAAAAUUACUAAAUGUGAAGGUUGUGGAAAAGCGUUUUGGAAAAAAGAGACCUACACAUCCCAUAGAAAGCAUUGUAAAGCUCUGAACCCUUCUAUUGAUAUUCGAGAAAGUGUAAAACUAGGGGACCACAAAGCUGUAGAUAAACAAACAAGUCAAGAUGAUGAGAGAAGAACUAGAACUAAUCAAAAGAAUUUACCACCUGAGAUGGCAACCAGCUCUAACAAUUCACCAAAAGAAAACGAAAUGUCUAAUAGUGUCACAAAAUCAGACACAUCAAUAACACAGUCUCAGAAGAAUAUCCAAAUAUACCAGGCAAAUGUAACAAACCAAGAAACUUACAUGAGAACCAGGUUUUUGGACAAAAGACGAGCUGUGCAAUAUGAAAGUCCAAAAAAGUCAAGCACAGAAUCUAGUCCUAAAUCUUCACCCAAGAAAGGAGUAAAAGAUAUUACCAAAAGUUUAGAAAGCCCAGAAAAUACAUCAAUAAAGACAGCUAUCAGGAUAUCUGCUACUAUCGGUGGAAAGACGGCAAUGAAGACAGUUCCAAGGAGAUCUGAUUCUUCUAGAGGAAGUGAUGAGAUGACAUCCAUGGAGAUCGAGGAGUCCUCUCCUAAGAAGAAACCUUCUGAACAGACUUCGACUCUUGCAUUUGAAAAGGUGGGAACAAGGUCAAAAACUAAACAAACAAGAGAGAGAGAUUCCUCAUUGGAGAGUGAAAACUCAGUGGAGACAAGGAAUUCUAGAGAGGAAAAAAGUAAGGAUGCUAGUAGGAAAAAAAUCAGCAAAUCAAUAGACUCUAGUGCUGAUUUCAACUCAAGUAGAAAUAUUGAGCACCCAAGACAGAGAUUACCUUCCACAAGUAGCAAUAAAUUGAGGGAAUCUUGUCAAGAUCAUAUCAUUCACACAAGAAAAUCGAAACAGUUUAAGGAGCCUAAUCAUAAAGUGGAAGACAAACUAUCAACUCAAAAUGCACAAAAAGAUCUCGAUAAAGCUACCAGUGUGGAGAAAAAGGCUGGUACGUCACCAGAAGUCUCAAAGAAAAAUGGAUGUCCAUUGUCUUCAAAAGUUGUAAACACAGACACCAAAGCUAACAGCACAGAAGAUGAAUCUCUGGUAGAAAUGAGACAGAAGAUGCAGAGUCCAAACAAACAUAUUUUUGCAAUUCAAGGAAAGGUCUAUGAGAACUUGGAAAAUGAACAAUCAGAAGAGAGCAUAUUAAAUGCUAGAAUUAUUGAGGGGACUGAAAAUGAACAGGACGAAGUAUCUUCUAGAAGUCGCAGAAAACAGGUCAUCUCAAUCCGUCAGUUUGAUGAGGUGGAUGGUGAAAAAAGCACCACUACAAUUAAACACAACACAAGAAGAUCAUCUCAGAGAUUAGUUGGUGAAGUAACUCCUCCUAAGAGUAGGGAAAGUAUUGCUGACAACAAAGAUGAAAAGUCCGCUAAGAAGAAUUCAAAACUAAAGCAAGAGAAAUUUGAAACAGAGACUCUUAAUAGAAAGAACAUAGCUGGUUUUGUCAAUGAAAGUGAGUCAAAGGACAAGGAUAAUACACGUGAAAUCGAUGAGAAAAGACAUAGAUUGCGAAGUAAGGCUGACUGGAACUUGGCUGUGGAAAAAGAUGAAAAGCAACGAACAACAAGGCAGCCAGAAGAAUCAUCUACAGAUUCUAAGACCACCAUUCAAACUAGAAGGAAGACUGCAAGUACUGAAGGCAGAAAGUCAGAGGACGAAAGUAGUGGUAAUGUUGUGUACUUAGCAAUUCAACCCAACAUUCAGAAUAAGAUAUGGAAGAACCCAAAUGCCAGUGUAGUAAAAAUUCAAGAGAUAUGGGUGAAGAAAAAGCCAGGGCAGCCAACUGAAGAGGUGAAGUCUAGUACAAUAACUGUGAGAAGUACCUCUACAGCACGGAAACGCCUCAGUGAAAAAUACAGACAUCCACGGCGUAUGUAUGUCAUGAAAUCCAAACAGUCCACAAAACCAGUGUGUUUGGACAUGAGCAACAUUGAGUCUUUGCUUGAUAGAGAGAACAAACAAUGUAGGGAAUGUGGGAUUCAAUUAAAAUCAAUGUCUAAUUUAAGAAGACACAUUGUUCGUCAUCUUGGAUGGAAGAGAUACAAAUGCAAAAUGUGCCCAUUUUCUAGUUUUAAUAGGUCAGAGUGUAAUUCCCACUUACAAAGAAUCCACAAGGAAAAAGUAGUUGGAAAAGACAUCAAUAAUCUGAUCAAAGAUUUAAAGAAGGAAGGGACUGAGAAAAGACUACAGAAAAAGCAACAAACUUUAAGAACAAAGCAGAGACUUGAAUGUGAGAUGGCAGGAAUCAAUUCAUACAAGAAGGAAACCAAAUUGAGGAGAUCUAAAUUAUCUCCUCAGAAGACUAUUUCUUCCAGUCAACCAGCAAAAUCAAUUAUAACAACUAGACGAAGCUCACAGAAACAAAUCACUACAAAUUCAAAAUCUCCUGCAAUCAAGAAAUCACCAGAAAGCACUAACAGGUCAACACCAGUUUCAACACCAAAAACAAAAACUGAGGUGACUGGUGUGUGUCCUAGACUAGAUGUGAAAGUUAGGAAAUGUAUUGACUGUGGUAUAACAUUUUCAACUGAAUUUAAUAUGUUUCGCCAUGUUCGCAAUAUUCACAAGUUUCUCAAUACUUCAGUUUUGAAGAACCCUAAUUCUACAGCAUCAUCUUGUUCACAACAAAGCUCAGCUAGUGGCAAAAAAGCAUCGGUUGAAGCCACAGUACAAGAUGAUACUGCAUCAAUCAGAAGUUUUAGAUCAGAAAAAUCAUCACGCAAAAGGAAGCGCAAUGAUAGUGGAGAAUCCGUUGAGCACAAAGUGAAAAAGAUGGAGUCCAAUAAAUAUGUUCCUUUGGGUAGGAAGAGAUCAGCCAGUUUGGAUGGUUCUUAUAAUGCCAAUGAUGGUGCUAAUGUUAGUGAUGACUUGUAUGACAAUUUGUGUAGUGUGUCAGACAAUGAAAAUGAUUUCAAUGACCGGAUGGGGUCCCCAACUAGAUCAGAGGAAGGAGGAAUGAUAAGAUUAGAACCAAGGGUUCAGACCAUGUUCGCAGCUUUAGAGGAGGCAAGAGCCACUGUGCGUCAGCGAGGAAAGAAGAUGGGAAUCAGAAGACUGAGUUCUCCCAUCAAAAAAGUGACUCCUUCACCCACUGAUAAGAAAAUUACUCAAGUACGAAGUUCAGCCAGGCUAAACCAGGAUUCAAAAGCAGAGCCAUCAUCCCAAGAAACUCCUGAAGUGGAAGAGUCUGGUGAAUUAGAACAAGAUGUAGAGGACCUCAUUGAGGAUGAUGGUAACAGUUCUGAGAAUAACACUGAAGUAAAGGAAACUACAGAGUUGGAACAUUCCAGUAACACAGAAACUCAAGAAAGUUUGAGUGAUGAAUUAAGUUUAAAACAGGAUCUGCAGUCUUCAAAAAUAAAUUCCAAUACCAAUACCACAAAAAGCAAGAACACUGACACAACCUUAAAACAUAUGGCUGAGUAUGAUUCUCCGUCUGAAUCUUUGAAAAAGGCAGAAACAUCUCAAGCUGCUGAAUGUGAAGUAGAUCUGCUUGAUGAGAAGAGUAAGAGAAUAGGAGAAAAUGAAGAGGGUUGUAAGCCCCAGAAUAAUCAACAAUGUCCAUAAAGAAGACACAUGUAUAACAAUAUAGUGAUGAGGCCAAAAUACUUGGGUUUUAUUAAUAUUUGUGGGCAUCACUUUUCGUGAAUAAAGUGAAAAUCACAAUUUCAAAUAUACAUAAAUUCAUGGCUAGUGAUCCUAUCAAUUCUAAAUAUUAGUAGAAAUUGCACUUCAAUGCACAGAUUUUGUGAAUAAACGUAAUAAGGAAAUCCACGAAAAUUGGUAUUCAACAAAUAUUGAUGAAACAACAGUAUCUAAAUGAUAUGUUAGCUAUUCCAAUCUUAAAAGGAACUGUAGGUAGGGAAAGCAUCUCAUUUUAACAUUGCUAUUGCUUUUUUCUAUCUUGGAGAUGUAAAUAUGAAUUGAUUUGUAUCAACUCAUUUUUUGAAAAAAGUUAUAAAAUGUCACAUGAGUAAAAACUGUUGUAAAUAACUAAUGAAAUUCCAAUGCUACAUGUAUUUUUAAACCCUUUUGACUUUAAAUUUGUGAGGUCCCCAUUUUGUCAUUUGAAAUGGUGUGGCUGAUUUAAGCUCAUGUAAACUGAAAGCUCAAGUAAGCUUUUCUGAUCACAUUUUGUUUGGUGUUCAUCUGUCUUUCUGUUAAAAAGAAGGAGGGUGUCAAGGAUUUUAUAAUGUAAAGUUAUUAAAUCAUUUAGCUAUUUAAGAAUGUAAUGUUUUGCAUUUCUUUUACUGUAUUUUUUCCACCAAACUUGUGUGGAGGAGAGUUAUGAUUUCCAUUAGAAUUGUAAGGAAAAUAUUUAUUCAAGUUAGGCUUUUAAAUGUUAAAUACUAGAUUUUUAAAGAAUUUUCACAUUUAAAUAUUGAUUGGGGGAUAGGCUGUUGGGUUAGUUGGGCAUUGUUGCUUUGGUAAGUCAUGUCGUCCCCGGACCUUUUGUUAUUUUAUAGUAAAUCAUGUACAGAUGAAAUGCAUAUAUAUAUACAUGUUUGUUAAGGUUAUUGUGAAAAACUGAAACUUAUUAGACUGUAAGCAUGUACACAUGGAAAAAGUAAAGGCAAGAUUGAUCAUGUGUUACCAGUACUGAUUAUUAAAGUUUUGAUGGUACAUUUUAUAAUGAAAACAUUUUAUAAUGGAAACAGUUUAUAAUGGAAAUAUUUUUCUAGUCAUGUUUUCUGUAUUUAGAGUAUUGCUAUGUACACACAUACAGUGAUCAUGUUGAUUAAGUUUUGAUCAUGCUUGUACUCAUCCUUAUCAAAAUAAAUUUUAAGGAAAACAG